ACAUCUCAUUCAGCUUCAAUUUGUAUACACAUUUUGGAAAGAUUUUUGGUUGCGGUAUGAAUCCAAACACUGCAGCUUCUUCCGAGACUUUGUCUGAGAAGGAAAUAGUUUCACGUUAUCAAACGCUUAAACAGCAGAUUCAACAGAUUAUGAUUAAAAUUGAAGAGUUUGAAAACGAUAAAAACGAACAAGAACUUGUUCUUAAACAAUUACUUCCGUUGAAUGACGAUCGUAAGUGUUGGAGACAAGUAGGAAAUGUUCUCCUUGAACAAACGGUUGGACAAGUGAAGCCAGUUUUGGAAUCCACAAGUAGAGAGUUGCAGCAAGCGAUUCAGAACUUAAACGAAGAGUUGAGAACCAAAGAAACCGAAUUUCUUGAACUUAAAGAGAAAUAUAAAAUUCGAGAGGUGGACUCUUCUUCUUUAGCUUCGUCCUCACAAGCGCAGAAACCAUAAGACACAAAGUUGGAGUCAAUCGAACUAUAUUUUCUUGUAAAACUAGAUAAAGUGUAAGGUCGUAUUUUGUUUCCAAUUGACCAUUAGUAUCUUUCACGGAUGGGAA